UCUAUGUGCCUGACACCAAAUGUCAACAGUUAUCAACUCAGGGACUGCUCCAUAAUUUCCUCUAUAAGCAUUUUGAUGUGAACCUGUAAAAAUUACUUUUUUGUGUGUAUCUUCAACGAUGCUAUAAUUCCACUUCAGGUGAAAUUUUUUGGCAAGACAAUUUAAAGCAGAUCGUGUGUACUUCCUACCUUAGCGCAUUUGGAGGCACAGAGUAGCUGGGGCUCCCGGGUUUCGAGCCCACAUGAUCAACAGUCCCGUCUUCCGAAGAAGGAUCGCAGGAGGGUGGCGCCGCCUCGCAGUGGUGGCGGGACGCAUGCGCAGAGAGGCGCCCCUUCUCGCUUCCCGUAGUUCGCCUUUCCACGUGGGCGCCUCGUCGUCAUGGAGGCCGUUCGGAAGCCGGUGCUGCUCGGGCUUCGUGACACUGCGGUGCGUGGCCGCCCCUCGGGGCCGGGCGCCUGGACUGCUAGCAAGCUGGGCGGCCUCCCGGACGCCGUGCCCGCCGUGGCAGCGCCGCGGCCAGUGUGUGGACGUUGCAGGCAGCCUCUCGCCCUCGUCGUGCAGGUGUACUGCCCGCUGGAAGGCUCCCCGUUUCAUCGGCUGCUGCACGUGUUCGCCUGUCCCCGCCCCCGGUGCGGCGGCGGCCGAGCGCGCAGCUGGAAGGUGUUCCGCUCCCAGUGCCUGCAGACGCGGGAGAAAGAGGCGCAGGACGCUCAGAAACAGGACAACGGCCUUGCAGCUGAGGAUUGGUGUGAAGGUGCGGAUGACUGGGGAAGUGACAGUGAGGAGGUGCCGCCACCACAGCUUACCUUGGAUUUUGGAAAUGACACCCACAGUGCCAGAGACAUGGACUGUACUGCUCAGCUCCAGGAUCUCCACCUGCAGGAUCCUGUCGUGGGCGCUGCUCCUCCUGAAUCUCCCGGGGCAGAGAUGGCCUUGCCGUCCCUGGCGCCACAGUUCCUGCCCUACUACGUGUGUGCUGUAGAUGAGGACGACUACCGGGACUCGGUCAGUCUAGACCAUGCUCAGAGCCUCCUGAGGGAAUACCAGCAGAAAGAAGGAGUGGGUGUGGAGCAGUUGCUUUCCCAGAGUCUUCCUGGUGAUGGUGAUGAAAAAUAUGAGAAGACCACAAUUAAAAGUGGAGAUAAGGCAUUUUACAAAUUCAUGAAGAGAAUUGCUGCUUGUCAGGAGCAGAUUUUGAGGUAUUCCUGGAGUGGAGAACCACUGUUUUUGACCUGCCCUGCAUCAGAAGUCACUGAGGUCCCAGCCUGCAGCUACUGUGGGGCCCGAAGGAUAUUUGAGUUUCAGCUUAUGCCCGCACUGGUCAGCGCGCUCAGAAGUGCUGACGUAGGUAUUUCUGUGGAAUUUGGAACAAUUCUAAUUUACACAUGUGAGAAGAGUUGCUGGCCUGAAAAUCAUCAGACUCCCAUGGAAGAACUUUGUGUUAUACAAGAAGACCCAGAUGAACCACUAUUUAACUAGAGAAUUUCCUUUUAUUUAUAUAAAUUAAAGCAAAUUUUAAUGUCCAGA